AUGGAUAUCAUGGCACACCAGCGGAGAUUGGCAGACGAAAAGGCGAGGAGCGAAAAGUUCUCGACCACGGCAGGAUUCGAACCUGCAAUCUUCUGCUCCGUAGGCAGACGCGUUAUCCAUUGCGCCACGCGGCCUACUGUGGAUGGAUAUCGUGGCACUCCAACGGUGAUUAGCAGACCAAAAGGCGAGGAGCGAAAAGUUCUCGACCACGGCAGGAUUCGAACCUGCAAUCUUCUGCUCCGUAGGCAGACGCGUUAUCCAUUGCGCCACGCGGCCUACUGUGGAUGGAUAUCGUGGCACUCCAACGGUGAUUAG